CACAGCCAGCCGCAUGAAGUUGUUAUUGUGGACAGAUUAAGUUUCGCUUUAGCCGUGAAGAAGCCGAUGCCCUCCUACAAGGCAGACCGACAGAAAUGCGGAUGAGCUCUUUAGCGGUGUGUCCUGUGUGGCUGUGAAGUGAUAUUCUGCUGUGUUUCUCAUCUCUGAGGGAAAAGCAGGCUGCGGCUAACGUUAGCUUAGCUGCCGGCUGGGACGGUGCUGCUGUUUGAAUGGUCUUAAUAGAUGGGAAACUGGAGUGAGACACAUCAUGCCUUCGUACGAAGACUGGAAGAAGACCCUACACUUCUACUACUUCAUUAAGUUCACCCUGAACGUCUACUCGAUGCUGUUUUCGUUUCUGGGCCUUUGUGUGCUGUGUAUAGGCCUGUAUGCAGAGGUGGAGCGGCAGAAGAACCGCACGUUAGAGGGUGUGUUUCUGGCCCCGGCUGUAGUGCUCAUCCUGCUGGGCCUGGUCAUGUUUACCGUGUCUGUGGUGGGCAUGGUGGGCUCCCUCAGAGACAACAAGACUCUUCUGCACAUGUUUCUCUGUGUGCUGUGUGUUCUGCUGGCGCUCCAGGCCCUCGCACUAAUCAUCGCUCUCCUUUUUGAGAAGACCACGUCUGAAUUGUUUCAGAAGAACAUACGCGAAGGCAUCAAGCACUACUACGACGACCUGGACUUCAAAAACAUCUUGGACUAUGUGCAAGAGAAGUUCUCUUGCUGUGGGGGUGAUGAUUAUAAAGACUGGGCGGUAAAUCAGUAUCACUUCUGUAACGGUACAGGGCCACUGGCCUGCGGAGUUCCGUACACCUGCUGUAUCCGCAACAAAGAGGCUGGAGAAGUGGUGAACACGCUCUGCGGCUACAACACUCUUACCAAGCAGCGUGAAGAUUUGAAUGACAUCAUACACGUGCGAGGCUGCAUCCAUGCUGUAAAUCUGUGGAUGGGUGAUAACAUCGGAGCCACGAUAGGAAUCUGCUGUGCUGUGGGUCUACCUCAGCUGCUGGGCAUCAUGCUGAGCUGCAUCUUCUGGAACCUCCUGGUGGAGAUGAGCGAAUCGAGCGACAUGGUGGAUUUCAAGAUCCUGAAGAAGGCCGGCUUCAAAUACAGCGAGUUGGACCUGGCCGGCGCCGGCUGGUGCAUGUGUUUGCCUCGAGAAGGCGGGUACCUGCCCAUUCCUGUAACGGAAUCAGAACAGGACAUUCAGGACUCUGAGCCUUUAGACCUGGAGCAGGCCCAGUCCGAACUGUCCCUCACUCAGUUUGAACAGCCGGGCCAAGACCCCGACAUGGGAAUGGACGUAGUGGACAAUCGACUGUAGAGGUCAGCAAGGGAACUGAAGUGCAUCUGCUUCACUGCAUCUGUUUUUAUUGUUUUUAUUUAUUGUUUUUAGUUUCCUAAAGGAGCGAUCUUCCAGUAAUUGCACUUUCAUCUUGCACUACAAGUUGGGAUCAUGAGCUUUUGCUGAGCUUCACCAAUCAGACACUUCCCAUUUUUGAACUGUUUUGCUGUUUAACAUGCCGAACACACAUUUACAUAUUUUUAAGCUCCAUCUAAGGUACUCUACUUUUGUUUUAUUUAAAUGUGACAAAAGGGAUGUCAUUGGGAUUUUAUUAAGUUUGGGUUUUUUAAUUGUGAAUUACUUGAUUGGCAGAUGAUUGACAACCAAUCAAAUUUUUUUUGGUUACGUAAUCUUAACGUCCACUUUACAUGCUAUUCCCCGUUUUUACAAACAAAAAAAGGGAUUUCAUUGGGAUUUGUUGGAUUUGGCUUAUUGUACUAUUCAUGUCUAUCUGUUUAAUUAUGAAUUACUUGAUUGGAUGGGAUUACAUUAAUGAUUGGCAACCAAUCUUUUUGUUAUUUCUUUUUUUAAUUUCUCCUCCUCUACCAUUUUAAUAGUGAAUUUAUAGCAAAAUCUUCAGGGAAAUUUACAAUCCUCAUUUUGUCUGUUUGUUGUGUUUGGAUGUCAUGUUUUUUAGAUAAAUAUAGGUGUAUAUAGAUAUGUGUAGAUAUUAAGGAUGCACAGAAAUAUCGGAACCAGCACAUAGUUGCAUACAAAAGCUAGGAUUUGUUCUGGUGAUGCACCAAAAUGAAAAUUCUUGACUGAAAUCAAAACCUGAAAUUUAGGACACGUUGGGUUGAAAAGUGAAACUGAAAACUGAAAAAGCUGACAAAUAAAACAGUUUACAUAAAAUAGACCUCCAGCGUUUUCGGCAGCAAAGAACAGUUGGUCAUCCAGUGCAAUUCCAUUUUAAUCAUUUCAAAAAACUCAGGCUACAGAUGGCGCCGUUGUGCUAGCAAGGACCUACCGUUAUGCUUUUUGCUGUAUUCUGCAGAUCAAGCAGGACCUCAUGUAUUGAGAGAUGUCAAACCUGAGCGGUCUAAUGUCUUUCUAGAAACUGUAAAAUAGUUAGACGUAGCUAAUAUUUCCACUGUUGAUCUACUGCUGCUCAAACUGUUUGAAUGCAUCUGCACUCACUGGUGUGCUUUUAAUCACUGUUCCUUAUUUUCAUUACCAUUUAAAUUAAGUCUUAGACUUCAUUAUAGGCCUUUUUAAUGUUUAAUCUAAUUUUCAGCUUUCUGUUCUCUUUUGACCCAAAACAUUGGUGCAUCCCUAAUUUUAGUAUUCCUACAUGAUCUGAUCACAAUCUAUAAAUAUAGCUGGAGUAAUUUACACUACUUAUUUUUUUCCUAGUUCCCAUAAAAUUGCUUUAAUUUGAUAAAUAAAUCUUUAUGUUUAUGCCAAAACGUAAUAAAUGAGCCCUUUUAUGGACAGGUAUGUCGUGCUGUACCGAUAUUUCCCUAGCAGUGCAUCCCUAGUAGAUGUACAUUGCCUUGUCUAGUAUUUAGUAAUUUAGCUGUAUUGCACUUCUGGCAUCAUUCAAAUUUUCUAGAAAGUGUUAGAGAAACACUUAAGGGUUUUUUUUUGUUUUGUUUUGUUUUGUUUUUUUUAAAGGGGGUUAAAAAUAAUCAACCUGCUGACACUUAAUUUGAUGCUGCUGUUCCUGUUUACAAUCUAGCAAGUAUAAACUGAUGAAUAAAUUGUUGCCUUAUUCAACGAUAGAAGCUUUUGUCCGCAAUACCUCAGGCUAUUUUUGGAAUGACCUUGCCUAUUUGCAGGUGAUUUUUGAGUAGUUUUAUUGGAAAUAAGAAAUUCCAGGUAACACUGUACAUAACACUGACAGAAACCACGGCAUAAACAUGUAAUGGCAGAUGUCAUAUGCUGUCAUAAUUUGCCAUGUCAGUUUUUGUUUGGGUAUAUAACAGUGCUGUUUUACUAUUACCAGUAAUUGUUAUUAUAUUUGAUGUUAUAACAGCUUAUAAUACACUAAUUUAUGCCAGGCAUACUGUUGUUAGCCGUCACUAGUAAUGGAAACACAAUACUAUUAUAUUACUAAACAUAAGCUGUGCUGCUGACUCAUAACAGCAUCUCACAUCUGGCAUAACAUGUUUGUUAUGGUUAUGCCAGUUUUAUGUAGAAGUAAUUUUACUGAAUUCUGAUUGAUCUUGCAUUCACGAGUACUUUAAGUGUAAUCUGUACAGUAGAGCAAACGGUCCUUGUCAAUGGUGUGUUAUCAACUAAUAUGCUAUAAUGUAAAGUAACUGUUUUUGUUUUUUGUUUGUUUUUUCUUUGGUAAAAAAUGAAACCAACAGGCCUAAAGGGAUCGUAAUCCACAUUUCAAUGGUGCUUUUAACCGCUGUAGUUGAUAGUAAUUUUAAAAACCCUACCUUAACUACUUUGUUGCUCCAAACAGUGGUCUUCUAGACCUCUCAAGUUGCUCUGGCCUUUUUGAAAAACUCCAGUUCUUGCGAAUAAAAAAAAA